AAUAUCAAUCAUGGUAUUAUAUUUAGAUUGGGGCAAUUUGCCUCCUCCCUCAAGGAAAGUCACAAGUUAGUCAUUUCCUGAAUCCACAGUUGAACUACAGUGAUUUUUCUGAAUAUUCUCUCAGCGCCUUUAAAUUGGAAGUGUUUAUAAAGCAGACAGACAGCAACUAAAGGGGCAGCUCAGAGUUUAUUUUAUUAGACAAAUGGCAAAGUGGAUGAGAUCAUCUGGAGGUACAGAGCAGAUCACAUUUAUGGAGAAUACAAAAGACUGGUUGGAUGACUCUAAAAGGCCUUCGUUUACUGAUCUUGGAAAGGACAAAAAUGACAGCACUGUUGAGAUUUGGAAAAAGCUGAGUUCCAUGAAAAUUGCUAUAAUUGCACUCUAUGUGUUUGUUUUCUGCAUCCUGGUAGGGAUGAUCUAUGUAACAGUGCAACUGCCUCAGUAUGAAAGGAGCAUUUCCAAUAUGGAGGCAGGAGGAAGUGUAUCUAAACAAAUUGAAGAAAACAGCGUGGGCGAAGUAGUCUGGGAGGGUGAUUUUGAAUAUCUUAAAAAUACAAUCAAAACCCACUCUGACGCCCUGAAAGAGCUUGCCCAGAGUACUCAAAUGCUGAUUGAAAACGUCACCCUCUUACAGGAUUCAUUAAACAGUAACUUAUCUGUCGUGGAGGGUAACAUCCAACAACUGAAUACGAAGGGUGAACAGCUGACAUAUAUCAUCGAACAAAAUGUGAACCCCUCAAUUUCUCAUAUAAAACUGUAUGAACAAAAUCUUGAGGAUUUAUCAAAUCGUAUUAAUGUCUUGAAAGAUGAUGUCCGUGGUAUUCUGAACACAGUAAAGUCUGUGAAUAGCAGCUGCAUUGGGGACAUCUUCAUUCACCAACAGGACAUUAUUCAACUGAAUAUGAAGUUUGAAAAUGUGACCAUGGCUGCUAGACGCUUGGAAGAAAAACAGAGCAAAAUGGAUGCCAAUCUGAAACAAGAAAUAGACAUUUUAAAUAAUGUCACUGAGGACCUGAGACUGAAGGACUGGGAACAUUCACUGGCUCUAAAUAAUAUAACCACAAUCCAAGGUCCUCCUGGUCCAAAAGGUCAGAAAGGGGACAUGGGUGAUAGAGGAUAUAAUGGCUCUCCAGGACUUACAGGUUUGCGUGGUAUUGAGGGAGCCAAAGGGGAAAAGGGGCAAGGACUCCCUGGAUCCACUGGGAACCCAGGAGCUGCUGGUCCAAAAGGGGAGAGAGGUCUUCCUGGUCUUCCUGGAUCACAUGGAUCAAAGGGGCAGAAAGGGGAACCAGGCGCAGCAGCACCAGUACCUACAGAGCACUCAGCUUCUGUACGACUGGUAAAUGGAGCUACACCAAACCAAGGCAGAGUGGAAGUACUGCAUGAAGGGGCAUGGGGAACCAUUUGUGAUGAUAAAUGGGAUGUCCUGGAUGGGCUUGUUGUUUGUAAAAUGCUUGGAUACAGCAAAGUUGUUAAAAUUUUCACAAAUGGUGUUUUUGGAGAAGGUACUGGGAAAAUACUGAUGGAUGAAGUUACAUGUUCAGGACGAGAGGCUUCACUCUUUGAGUGUCGAUUUGCAGGAUGGGGAAAAACUGAUUGCCAACAUAACGAGGAUGCUGGUGUGUCUUGCUCAGCCUAGUGAACAAUUAAAAUAACCGGUACAUGAAACUCUAGUAUGUAAUUUUGAGCAUCAGGUCUAUGAAGAUUAAAUCACCAACUUAAGUUAGAAUAAUGUAAUAAUAAUGGAAAGUAAGAAUUGCUUAAUCAGUGAUAAUUAUGUUCUUUGACAAUCUGUUUAUACAAACUUGUGAGCUGUUAUAAUAUUUGUAUGAAAAGGUGUAGCAUUUAUUAAAAUGUAUUGCAACCAGAUAUAGAAAUAAAACAUUCUAACAUUGUAGACUAAAUCCAACAUGCAGAGAAGGAGAUGUGACAGGAAUGAAUAAAGUAUAUAUAUAUAUAUAUAUAUAUAUAUAUAUAUAUAUAUAUAUAUAUAUAU